UGCUCUCGCGUGCAAAUGUGCACGGCACGAGGGUCGCAAGUGCAGAGUUGGCCGGCCGAACGUUCAUAAUCUAAUAAGUAAGGACUAAGGCGGUCGCGGCGAGAAAGGCGAUAGCGAUGCGUUGAUCACCGGCUGACAGGCGAUGGCUGGACGAACGUCCAGAGAGGAACGCGAGACGAUCCCACCGAAAAAUGUCGAUAACCUACAGCACCCGAACACGUCCGCGUCUACGUCAACAUCCGAAUCAACGAGUAACGACGUGGCUAACAAGGAAGAGCUGGCGAUAGAAGAGCGGCUGGUCGUCAAAAUGUUCUCUUACGAAAUCGUUUGCUUCGUCCUCGCCAUCACUUUCACCGCCUUGGCCGCGCUGCACAGCUCGCCGCCCAAAGUCUCCAAACCUCCGGUAGCAAAACCUUUCUUCAAUCGGAGCUCUGUUGUACUGGAUUUUUACAAGGGCCACUUGGGUGCGAUGAUCGAGAGGAUGACGCAAACCGACUUUAGCUUCGUCAUGUAUUACGCCCCAUGGGACGCGGAGAGCCAGGCGCUUAGACAAGAGUUUGAAAAGGUUGCUCAAUUUUAUCAUCCGCAGAUAUUCUUCGCGGCCAUUAAUUGCUGGCAUCCCGACUCGGAAUGCAGAGCACAGUAUAAUAAGAUCCAUGGUUAUCCGGUGUUGAUGUUGUACCCAUCUAGGAAUCCCGGUAUCAAUUACAGAGGCAUUCGCACAGCACCAUACAUGAUUCGUUUUCUAGACGCUGUCAUGAAUCCCAUCGUUAGGAUAAUUCAUAAAGAACAGCUGAUGGAAUUGUUGGUCACCUAUGACGCAGUGGUCGUAGGAUAUUUUAAUUUCACACGGUUGGAUAGAGCUCCUGGGUAUAAGGAGUUCUACAAAACCGCGAUACGGUCAUUGGAGAGAGAUCCUAACAGAGAACUGGUGUUUGCUAUGGUGACCAAUACGUUGUCUAGCGAAUUGAAUUAUGGAAUCUACAGAUAUCCAUCUGCAAGCUUGCUCAUGUGGAAUGAAUCCUUAAGUUAUCCGGAAGAUAAGGAAUGGAUUUCCGAGAGCAUCCUCAAUUGGAUCAGCAGUUCCAUCCAUCAGCCGUCUCUCUGGCUGCAACCACCUGGUGUGAAAGCGCUUACUCUCGCGCCGUAUUUACGCGAGGGGCCAGUCUUGUUUCUCUUUACACCCCGGAAUCCGCUUCAUACGGAAAAUUACAUUUACAAUCUGGUAAGGGAAGUCGGCUUGCAAUAUUAUAACUGCGCGGAUAAUAUAUUAGUGAAGGAUAUAGUCACGCGUCUGGAAGCGAAACGACGUACAGCAAUAAUCCGUCACUUCUCUAGAAACGAAGAAUGUGCCGAACUUCUGAGCGAGAGUAGAGUCUACGUUGAGGAGGCAAAGGAAGAACCGAUUGCUAGUGUGUCGAUUCAGCAAUGGAUCAACAACAGUUGCUGCGCAAACAUUGCAAUGAAUAAGUGCACCAUGCGUGAGAUAAAAACGAUGAGUCCAUUGGUGCAAAGGAAGAUAUGCGUGAGCGUUUCUGAAAGAUUCGACGGUGUUUGCAAGGAUACCGAUGUAUUCACGGUGACAGUCGAGCAAUGCGGGAAGCAGGUGUGCAAUUACAAUAAGAACUACGCGGUAAUGAGACUGCAGGAAGAGUCGAAAUUAAAAAGAAUGCACGCAGGUGCGAAGUACAAAACGUCAUUGCCGAAGAGAAAAGACGAUCCGCUGUCCGCGAGUACGGUGAGAAGAAAUUUCUUGAAGGAGCGCUGCAGAAGAUGGCUAGCUGGCAACAAUUAUCAUCCGUCGUUGUUCCCGCGAGAUUCUCCGAAACAAUUUAACAUCAGCUUGAAAGACUCGGUCUGCAAGACCAACAAAACACUAGCUUUGAUAGCUAUCGACAGUUUACAUUACUUCCACUUUGCGGAACGUCUCGGGAUUGAUAUCUCGAAGCGAAGAAAUAAAACCACCGUUGUCAUCUUGGACGCCGCGCUGGAGAGUCAGUACGUCAUGCAUCAUGAUUUUAGCGAGUACGCACUAGUUGAUUUUAUCAACAACUAUACGCAAGGCCUGCUGGAACGAACAUUGCGCUCGGACAAUUCGCAGUGCUGCGAAACGCAAAAACAGAGAACGUCGUCCAAUGAGGACAGCUGUAACAAUGUAAAUACACGUUCGAAGAUUCGCGUGCCAGAACUGACAACAGAAACCUUCCUAGACACGAUCUUAGAUCCAUUCAAGGAUGUAGUCAUAAUGCAUCACUCCCCUUACUGCGGAUUUUGCAGUGCCGUAUCAUAUGUGUACUUGACAGUGGCGCAUUAUUUAUCCAACAUGGACCAUAUGAUUUUCGUGAGAAUUGACGGGGACAACAACGAUUUGCCGUGGGAAUACAGCAUGAAUCGUUUCCCAUCAAUCUUAUUCUUUCCUGCAAAGAGAAAGGAAGACAGCACUGUGUUUCCGUUUUCCGUUCCUAUCACUAUCCCGAAUCUGCUGAACUUUGUGCUGGCGAAUUUGGACGGUGAUUCCCACGUUGAAGCUCUGACCAACAUUUGCCAAGCAGGCAGUGGCGAAGCGCCGGAUAAAUGCAUCGCUAGAACUCGAUGGCUGUGCUUAGAUAUUAUCGAGCAACUUUUGCACGACUAUAGGAAGCUUCGGCGUCAUUUGAGUUUCUUGGAUAAAAAGACCGCGCGUAACAAGCGCAAGAUCAUUCUUCUGAAAUUGGAACACAUCAAGGACAUUCAUUUCAUUCUGGGCUCAACCGUGAAUCUCGCCGAAGAUCGGAAAAAGGCGCAGCUGAUCAGGGAAAAAUUUUGCAAGUACUAUAAAGCCGUUAAAAUGCUAGAGACAAGUGACAAAGUAGAGAAUAAGCACUACACAUCGAACAGCACCGGACACUCGUCGAGUCCUGAACGAGAAAUGAAGAGAAGUAAAUUGUGAUACAGAUUCCGCCUUACAAAUAUAUUAACGUACGUCCACGCGAUGAUGGAUACUGAUAUUUUGGGAUAUCCUAGACGUUUUGGCCAAUAAAUAGACGCCAAAUUUUACGAAGAUGAAAUGCGUAUUUCCACGCUCUCGGGGGGUAUUGGCUUUGUUUUCAAAAUUUUCAAAAUAUGUUCAUAUCAAAGAGAGAAAAAGAGAGUUGAAGAAGCAAAUUGAAGUAUGAAGAAGUCGUGUACACAAGUGGCGCUUCUACAACUAACACAGCUUCGUGAUAAAGUGCGUAACAAAUCCUGGCAAAUAGGGUGAUCAAAUAUGAGAACAUAGCCAAUGUUGUACCGAGUAUAAAUUCGGGAAAAGGAAGAUAUUAAGAUAGAAAAUAAUAAUUCUUUACCAGGGCCGCGAAAGACUAAGGAUCAUUCUAACGCGAAGGAUCAGGACAAAUUUGUGACCUGCUCGUUUGUAUUUCUAUACAGUGUGCUUGUUAACGGUGCGACAGCAUUUGUAAAGUUGUGUAAAUAUUGAGAUAUAUAUAUAUCAUACAUACAUACAUAUAUAUAUAUAUAUAUAUAUAUGUAUGUAUGUAUGUAUAUGUACUAUGAUUAAGAUAGUAAAUCUGUAUGCGUGCGUGCGUGUGUGAGUUGGCGUGCGACACUACCAUUUGUCAUUGUUGAGAUUUUGCUAAAAAAACAAAAAGAAACUGAAUAAUUAAGAAACGGCGAUUUAUUCAAGUGUUUCCCAAGGCAAAUGGUUGCUACAUCUUGAAUUCAGGGACUCCGCGGUACAAUGUGUAAUACUUAGUCAUUACAUCAUUAUAUUGUUAUAUCUCUCUUCGGGCCUCAACGCAUACUAGUAAUGUGAUGAUAUCGCAAUCAGCUGUAUUCGUCAUCAUUCCGGCAUCAUUCAUAACUAUUCCAAGAAUAUCUCGGUGGUGUGCAGAGCAUCAGUGUUGAUACAAUACUACAGAAAUUUGGGAGAAAAGAUGCCUCAUUGCACGAGAAUAAAAUUGGCCGACGCGUCCCACUUAUAUGGAAAUAUAUUUGUGGGAUAUAAACGGUAGAAGAACGUCUGUUAAAAGUCGAGGAUAUUAUCGUCGAGAUGCAAAACUCUCUGAAGUGAAGUAAUAUUCUGGAUAAGAUAGCGCAGGCCGGACGUGAUCAAUUAUGCGGAUUGCGUACGUCACACUUCCCCGGUUUUAUUUAUAAGGUUGCGCUACUUUAUUACACGUGAUGAAAUUCCCGGUAAAAUAACACGCGAAAGGAAACUCGUUUCUUCCAUUGAUACAAAUUAUUGCGCCGGCUAUUCACUCUGUUAUUUUCCACUGUAAAUCUCGUUUACAUAUUCGAGAUUCGCGUUUUGUUUUUAAGAUUGAUCUUUAUACGCAAUCGUGAAUAAUCAAGUGCAUUCUCCGCUGGAGAAAGUGGUGCGACAUAAUACGAUAUUGGCGUGUUCAAUAACGUGUUGUUAAAAUUGUACUUUUGUGCCGAACGAUUUUACGUCUGAAUGUUGUGCGAAAAUCGUGCCAAGAAACGCGAGAUGAGAAUAACUAAUAAUUCUAAACGGAAUAAAUGGAUGUGUAUCGAGGUACAACGUUUGGUUAACGCAUUAUUUUUCUUUUUUUAUUCAAGUUUCAAUGAAGCUGCAUCUGUGGUAUCACAACAAUGCCCUCGCAAGUACAAGAUGUCUCGAAAAAAAUCGGCUCAUCCACAUCACGGACAAAUGUGAGAAUCUCCGAGACUCUCUCUCCGAUGCUUUUAUUAAUGCGUCGCGCAUAAUAAUGGGAUGAAUACCAGUCGUAAAGUGAUUUAAUUUGGAUAAUUGGCGAACGCGGAUUGUACAUUUUGGUCCUUUGCCCGUCGCUGCCAUUUGUUGCUACACGCUCUCGCGCAAGCGUACAAUCCCUCUCGCAAAAUAGUCGAUUACAUACACGGAGGCGUGUGCAACAAACGUAGCAUCGAAGUCGCACCGCAUCGCAGUUUUUUUUUCCCCUAAAAAGCUGCUGUUUGUUGUUGCCGCCGCUGCGGUAGUCGCUGCAGCUGCGGCUCCGGGCACUUGCGCUCUCUCACAAUUAAAAAAGUUCUCUCAAAAUAAUUUCCAACAAAUCACAUAGCAGCCCAAUAAAUACCUUAAAACAUCUAAACAGCGUUAUCGCCUACCGUUAAGAUAUAUAAAAAACUCAGAAAAAGAAGAGGAAGGAGAGCAAGAAAAAAAAGAGGGGGGAGAAAAACGUUUAUUAUGCGCUCUGAGCUGAGCUAGCUUAAAGAAUAGCUAGAUGAUCGGGAGGGGGAGGGGGAGGAAAUAACGCGAUUUGAUGAUUCGUUAAACCCGUAAGUAUGUAAUAAUUAGGUACACCUGUCAUGGAAGAGAUCGCGUAAAAAAAAAUGUGCUCUCGAGAUUCUCAUAAAUUAUAAACAAAUGUUUACAAUGCCGCGUGUGUGGGAUCUCGUGUAUAUGUUGUGUGUAUAUAUGUUUGCAUGUCCGUUACGUGUACACGGCGAAGCUAAACUCUGAUAGAUAAACUUCUGAGCGAAAGAUCUGAUUUGGUCAAAAAUGUCCAUCGAAAACUCUUUCCGUUGUGCCAAUCUUCGGUCGGCAGCAAUCGGGAGAAAAGUGGUUAAAGUAACCUCGUAAAUUCAUGCUUCUGUGUUAUAUAUAUAUAUAUAUAUAUAUAAAUAAUAUAUAUAUAUAUAUAUAUAUA